GCCUUGUACUUUGCGACAGUCCAGGUAUGGGGCUCCUUCUCCUUGAACAUCCCUCCUUUGGUAUAUAAUAGCCAUGGGUGAGUUCUGACUUGUAUCAACACGACCAGUUUGGGUCCAGUAACCUUAUAACAACCUCAAAAAGAAGGAUCUUCUUCCAAGCAACGGUUGUUUGACGCAUACCUCUGACAUCGAACGAGGGUCUACUACCAUCUGCAUAUUCGCGGAACACGCACAACCAUCCGUUUACGAACGUCCUCACAUUCUUCUUUGCGUGCUAUAACAUCACAUCAUCACCAAUUCACGCGCAUAAUGUCUCGCUACAACAACUUCACCACUCCCCCCAGAUCACCCACCUUCGGCUUCUUUCCCACUGCGCCCACUGCCCCACACGCGUUCUCCACUAUGCAGGGGAACCCCCGUGACUCGCACGCCAUGUACUCCGCAUUGGGCUCAUCCAUGGGCUUCCAAUCAAGUAGCCAGCCCAGACAGAGCAGUGGCGGGAGCUCAAACCCGUUGAUGAAGUUCUACAGAAAGUGAUACAUCACUGCACACGUCUCAAAGGGUCAGAUGUACCCAAACCCAUUGUAUCGAUAGCACUGGAGCGGAUCGGUUAUUGUUUUAUGGUUUAUAGGACAUGUCAAAAAGUUUGUUCGAUUAUAUCUCCCUUGUGUCUGAAUCCAUAUCUCCGAGUCGUACGCAUAGAACGCACGCAUUGUAUUUCUAUUGUUUC